UACUUUCGCGAUUUUGCUUCAAAAUUUCUGCUGAAUUGCUACUAAAUUUCUACGGUUUCGUGCGGUUUGCGUUUCAAUCAAGACUUCAACAAAAGUUUUCAAGACCGAAAUUAGGUAAAGUUUAUGAAUUUUUUACUUUGAUUUUGUCGAAGUGUUGUUCUCCUUCCUCCCUUUCUGUGGUUGAGUUGGGGUUUUUGGAAGGAAAUUAGGGUUGGGGGUGAGAAUGUAUUUGAGUGUGUUAGCAUUGUUGAGGGUCCUGACUCUAUUCCUCCUCCCACUUUAUGCAGAAAUUGAGGAGAUGUCUUCAGAAGGGGCCAUGAGUGUAGUGGGGAGUGAAGUGAUGCCUCUGGAUUACGGGAGCAUGGACUCGGAGAGCAGUCCGUCUCCCACCAGUUCAGAGAGGACAAUGGAGGAGAGGAGGGAGGAAAUAGUAGUAGAGGAGGAGGAAGAUGAGAUCCCCUCAAAUAUUUUGGAGGCUGGGGGGGGGAGCAGCCUUAGGGGUCUGGUAGAGAACUGCAACCUCCCUCACCAUGUCCUGAUUAGGCCGACCGAGGUGAACGAGCGAGCAAGCUCAGCACCCCAAGAUCAUUGGAUGCCCCUGGGUGGGGGUAGAGGUGAGAAGGGAUGGUACUACUUCGGCCCUCGGCCGUCCAGCAAAGAGAAUAAGAGUUUAUUCUCUGCUGGACCAUCAUCCAUCAAAGGAUGGAAAGAAAAAUUCUUCUUUGUGGAUGACACCGAGUGGAGUAGGGGGGAUGCCGAGGUGGAGCAGUUGUCUGCUUGGAAAGCUAAGAAAACCAAGCAGAACAACUAUAAAUUAAAUGAGAAUGAGGUGGAGGAGGUAGAGAAGCUGGUGAGGGAGGAAGGAGACGUGGUGGAUAUCCUGUACCUCACCAGUCCGCAGGCAAUAGAGGCUGCUGAGCUCUAUGGGCCAAGCUCAUUGAGCGAAGCUGAGAUGGACGAGUUUAUAAAUGCUGCUGGGGGGCUGCACAUCCCGAAGAAGCCAAGGAAGAAGUCAAAGACUUCAACUGGGGCGGACAAAGGGGCGGCAGAGAAAGAGCGCCUACCCAGCACUUCUGCUCGAGUGCUGAAGAUACAACAGAGGCCAAAGCCAGCAAGGGGGGGAAGUGAGGAGGUGAGUGAGAAGGUGGUACCACUUCAGAGAAAGAAGAGGAAGGUAGCUGAACCAGAGGUGAGGGGGGAUGAGGUGACUGAGUUCGUGCCUCGCCCCUUUGCUCCUGAAAUCAAUCCUGAGGUCAGGGAGAGGAAAAGGGUCAAGGUGCGAGGCCCUAGCAGAGGCAAGGAGCUCAUCCCUCCUCAUUUGCACGAGAAGAGUUUGUUUGAGGCAGCAAACACGACUGGGGCGAAGCACUUCCUCAACUGUACUCUCCUUGAGGUGGAUAGGAGGCAAGCGAGGGAUGAGGCAGUGAGCCGGCUAGGAGCUACUGUGGUGAGGCAUGCCUUGGAGGAGUACGCGGAGAGCGUGAGAGAUCGUGCCAACUUGCAGAGGCAGUGCGAGCAGUUGCAGAAGGAGAAGGAAGAGUUGCAGAAGGAGAAAGAGGAGUGGGAGAAGGAGAAAGAGGAGUGGGAGAAGGAGAAAAGGGAGAUGCAGAGAAGGCUGGACGAAGUUCUGCCUUUAGUGACCGAGCUCCAGAACGAGAAUGACGUCUUGAGCACGAAGCUUGUCCUUGAAGAACGCAAAAGGAAGAUCUGUGAGGAGAAGCUCGAGGCUCAAGACAAAUACAUUGACAAGAUGAGGAAAGGAGCGGCGGAGCUGAAGAAGAACGUGAAUCUGCUGGUGCACAACGGGAUGGAAGAGCAUAUUGACAACUUCCUCAACUCCAGCACCUUCGAGGGCAUCCUCAAGCUGUACCGGCUGCCGACCGCCAUUCUGGCCUUCACCGACUGUAGAAAGAAGGUGAAUGCCCAGUACCCAGAGGUGGACGUCACAAUGGUCACCUUUGGGGAACGAGAAGAAGGAGUGGAGGAAGAUGAGGGGCGCACUGUUUUUCCUCCAACCUUUAAUGCUGAAUUGGUGGCCGUGGAGGGAGAAGAAGAAGAAGAAGAAGAAGAAGAAGAGCAAGGUGCAGGAGAGGAGAAUCAGGCCAACCAGUCCGAAGCUCAGCCUCCUGUUGUUCAUCCAGUCUCCUCCGACGAAGUGCAGCAACUAGCUCCGCCCGAAGAAGAAGUGCCGCCUCCGCCUGCUAAGGACGAGCCCAGAUCGCCACCUCUUCCGCCUGAGGAGCAGCCUCCUCCUCCAGUAAUUUAGGAUUUUACGUUUGACUCUUGUAAUGAAUAUUUUUGUAAUUGACUUUUAUUAAUUGAAAAUUUUUUUUGAAGUUAUUUGUGACUUGCAUAUUUUGAUGUCUGUUUGUUGUGUCUGUUUUAAGUAAAUCACUUCGGAUGAAAUAAAGUGACUUCAAUUGA